AUGGCGCUAAAAGAGCGGGCAGCUGGUCCUCAGUUUAUUUGGCCUUUGAAUUGGGAGCCUGCACCAAUUCCUGCGCCUGUGCCGAUGCCUACCGCUGCGUCAAUUCUUGCGUCGAUUCCUACGUCUGCCCCUAAGUCUGUACAAUUACAGAGGACUCGAUCAAAGAAAUCGACUCAGCAAAAGCAGCAAGUCUCUAAAUCUGCUUCUGCGCCUACUUCUACACCUACUUCUACACCUACUUCUACACCUACUUCUACACCUACUUCUACACCUGUGUCCGAGUCUGUACGACCGCAGCAGAUAAGGUCAACUCAGAAGCGAUUGGAACCUACAGAUGUCGAUCAUCUGGAACAGAUCCCUGAUAGCGUUGAAGAUCUUCCUGGCGAGAUUCUUGAUCAUUCCCAGCAGGACGACGAUUUCGAGCGCGACCUCCAGGACGUCUUUGACGGAAACGAGAGCGCCCUUGGUGCGAUGUGGUUAGCGAACUGA